AUGAUCAUCAACCCGAACCACCAGCAUCUGAAUGAGUCGACUGAGGACCUCGACGGCACGGAGCUAGCCACCGCCGCCGCGGCUGCGCUGAGCGGGCAGCGCACAUCGGUCGACUCGCCUCCCGCCGCUGACGGCCCAGAUCCGCCUCGCAACCCGCGGCCGCCUACCGACAUGCGGGCCCAGUCCUUCAACGACGACCUGCUGCCCGAGCGGAGGAGAGAGAUGACCGGCGCGCCUGCGGACGCGAGGACACGGCCGCGCCGCCGACCGACGCCGGCGAGCCUGGGCAACGUGUACGAGAAGCGGUACCACGAGACGGUCAUCUCGGUGGCGAUCUCGGCGGACGACAGCUUUUUCGCCGCGGGAGGAGCCGGCCGCAAGGCGAUGGUCUGGCGCGUCGAGGACGGCGAGCUGUUCGCCUCGUUCGAGACGCGCGACACGAUCACCUCGAUCGCCUUUGUGGGCGACGCGCUGCUGGCGGGCACCUUUGACAAGCGGCUGCAUGGCUUCUCGCUGCGCAUCAGCGCCGCGAGCGAGCAGGGCGGCGCCGGCGAGCGGUCUCUCUUCAACCAAGAGCUGUUCAGCGAGUCCUUCCCAGGCCAGGUCACCGCCAUCUCCUGCGCCACCGACUCCGCCGACCGAGGCAGCGAGAGCGCGCUCAUUGCCGUCGGAGGCACCGACCGCAACGCGCAAGGCGACGUGCUCGCGGUGGCGCUCUCCUCGUCUGGCUCGCUGCUCGCCAUCGGAGGGGAGUGCUCGCUGCUCGCCAUCGGAGGGGAGUGGAACCUGGCGGAGGUGCACGCGCUGACCCCGCUCGAGAGCCGGCAGAUCGCGACCUUUCGCUUGCGCGCCAUCGACGUGGGCGGGGUGGUGCACUCGCUGGCCUUUGCGCCGUUCGCCGACAGCGCCGGCCCCGCCUCGGGCUUCUCGCCGCCUCCCUCCCCCGCCCCCUUUUCGGGCGGCGUCGCCUUCUCCGGCGACGGCGAGACGCUCGCCAUCGCCGGCGAGCAUGCCGUCACGCUGCUCGACUGCGGGCUGCUGCUCGUGGGAGGCUUCGACCAGCUCGUCCGCAUGUACCCGGUGCAGACGCGCACCGACGAUGAGCCAAUGAGUCAUGGACUGGUCGGGCUUAAGGGCGGCGACAUCGGCUAUGUCUCCGUCUUCGACGCGCGGGCCGACGGGCCGGCGCGGACGGACGAGCUGGUCUGCUCCUUGCGCGCCACCAAGCAGGUGCGCGUCGCGACGUUCUCUGCGGACGGCCGCUUCCUCGCCUUCGGCGGCUUCGACGAGCGAGUCACCAUCAUCACACACCUGCCGGUCCGAGGCCGCGACGGGGAGAUCGAGCGGCUCUCGCUGCACGAGCUGACGGCGCGGCUCUCCGGCGCCGCGAGGGGAGGCGACGCGUCGGAGCCCCCUGCUAUGACUCGCGUCGCCCCCUCACUAGUGGAUUUCCUCGGCACACUCAGGCUUGCGCCGGCCAAGGAGCCCCCGCCCGACUUGCCGGCCGCCGAGGAGUGCUCGCGCACGCUCGACUUCAGCGCGUCCGCCCGCCGCCCCGCCUUCAUCUGGUACGCGUGCGCGCUCUCGCACGAGGCGACCGCGCCGCGCUUCUGCGUGCACGGCGGGCCGGACAAGCAGCUGACCGUGCGUGACGCGUCCACCGGCCGCGUGCUGCACGAGCUCCCCAUCGGAGGGACGGUGUGGUGCCUGUCGAUUGGCCCCGCGAACCGGUGCGCGGUGUCGGGCGAGUUCCAGCUGGUGCAGGUCGUCGACCUCGAGAGCGCUGGCCUCGUCCUCUCGCUGCCCCACACGGGCGAGAACCCGUCCUACUCGGUGGCGCUGACAGAGUCGGCGGUCAUCUACACGCAGGAGAACACGUGCGUCCGCUACGGGAGAGACGGCUCGACAGACGGCUCGACGUACGGCUGGGGCGACUUGCCCUUCCGCGGCGCCGGCCAGUUGGUCAGGGGUGACUUGCCCUCGUACGCGGCGCUAGCCAAGCUCGUCCGCAUGCCGAUGGCCAAGAACAUCCACGCGGGGUGGGCGUCGCUCCGCUCGCUCGCGCUGCUGCAGCCGUGGCUGAUCAACUGCCGCGAGCAGAGCAGCGGAGCAACCUUCCUCCAGCUCGCAGUCACGCACGGCGUGGACGGGGCGAUGCUGGACACUCUGCUGGCCGAGGUGCCGAUCAUCGGGCUGCUGCGCGCGCACCACCCGGAGCGAGUCGGGGGCGGCGCGGCCUCAGCUUGGCACGCGGCGCUCGACCAGCGGUCCGACAUCUGGGUGUCGCGCCUCGUGCAGGCGGUGGUGAGCGGGCGGGUGUACGCCACGCCCGCCGCCAUGUCUCCCAUCGCAGAGACGUUUGGCGCGCUCGCGCGGAAGUUCCCGCGGCAGUACCUCCGCCUCCUCUCGGAGAUGCCUCUGGCCUUCGAGGACUCGUGCAGGCUCCGCUCGCCGCACACGCGCCGGCUGCAGGUCGAGGUCUGCGGCUCGCGCAGGUUUCUGCUCGACGGGUGGUGGGAGGACCACUACGCCGCCUCGGGGCUCAACUUUGGCUUCUCGCCGCGCGCGCUGCUCGCCUGGGCGCACUCAUGGAUCGCGGAGCCGGACAAGCUUCGCCGCCGCACGAUCUAUGCCGACGGCGGGCUCCGCGCAGGCAACUCUGGCCGCGGGGAGCAGUGGUGGUCGGUGGAGGCCCUCGUCUGCUCGCUGCUGGUGCGGCUGCGCGACUGCUGGGUCGCGUGUUGCUGCGCAGUUUGCCGCCGCUGCUGCGAGGAGGAGGAGGCGGCCGAUUCGCCCGGAGGGCAGCGGGGGGGCGGCGGGGGCAGAGGCGGAGGCUUGCGCACGACGGGCGGAGCUAGCGCGGGGCAGUACAGGCCUGUGGAGGGCGGCGCCGCCUCCUCGCCGCACCACAAGGUUGGAAGCCUCUUCCGCUCGCUCGCGCUGCUGCAGGGCGCCGUCGACCAGCAGAGGUCCGGCUACGCCGUGCUCACCGAGUCAACCCCCCCUCCCUCCUCCCGGAGACGCAAGCGCGGCGCCGACGGCACCACCACGCACGAGCGCAAGGGGGGCCGCUCGCCGCCCCUCCUCUCGCGUGACGCCUCCGCCGUCUCCGACCCCGCCUCCGCCUCCUCCAACGCCUCGGCCGCCGAGAUGGCGGCCGUGGCGCGCGUGCAGCAGGUCCCCUUUUGUGAGUUUGCCGGCUUCGCCACCAACCACCUCGCACUCAUCGUCGACGCGUCCAUCGCCACCGGCGACCGCACCGUCUUCAAGUCGCCGUCGGUCGAGGCCCUCCUCCACUUCAAGUGGCGCGCCUUCGGCUCCGUCAUCUGGUGGCUGCACACGGCGCUCUGGCUCUCGUACACGCUCGCGACCGCCGUCUUUGCGUACGCCGCGACGUACUACUUCACAGACUCGCAGUCGGCAUGGAAGGCGAUGCCUUUCUCGUUCCGCGCCCCGUACGACUACUUCAUGGACGAGGACGCCCCACUGAUGGACGAGCUGCAGGACUGCGCCAAGAAGUUUGGCUUCCCGCUUCUUCCCAAGCCGCCGGGCGGCCAGCGGACGGCGCGCGACCACUGCGUCUUCUACCUCAUCCUCGCCCUCGUCUCCUCGCUGACCUCGCUCGCCCUCGGCGCCGUCGUCGUCUUCAUCAGCACGGCUGUUAGUUCGCAAGGGUCAGCUGUUCUGGGUCUCGCAGGCGUCGUCUUCUUCUUCAUCAACACGAUGUACAUCGUCGUGUCGGCGGCCGUCAUCCGCUUCUUCUACGUGGUGAUGCAGCUGCUGGGCCUCGCCGUGGUCCAUUUCGGCGCCUCCAUGGACCAGGGGCUGCUCGGCCCCGAGGUCACACGCAUGCUGCUCGCGAUUGGGAUGGGGCUGCAGUGGGUGGAGCUGAUCCGCAUCCUCACGCGCCACCCCGAGUUCGGCGAGCUGUACCAGAUGGUGAUCGAGACCUUCUCGCAGACGCGGUACUUCAUCUACUUCAUGCUGAUGGUGACGUGCAUGGGCUCGCUCACGCUCGGGCUGCUGCUCUUCGACGUGCACACCGUCAUCGACUACCCGCCCGACAUGGACUACUCGUCCGAGAUGCUGCUGCUCGACGAAAAGUACGAGCAGACCGCGACGGGCACCAUCGACCUGUGGUACAACUUUGGCGACAUCUUCCGCUCGUUCCACUCGACGAUCGACAUCUUCUUCUUCGGCACCAAGAGCGACGCCGUCGAGUCCGCCCUCCUCGAGGUGCUGCCCGCGCGCUACAUCGCGAUGGGCCUCCAGAUCUUCAGCCAGGUCGUGCUGCUCAACCUGCUGAUCGCAAAGAUCAACGACGCCUACGCAAAGAUCAAGGCGCCGUCGCCCGUCGGACUGUUCUUACUGUUCUCGGCGUCUCACCCUGUUCUGUCGUUCUCGCAGGCGUCGUCGCUCCUCUCCUCCAACUUCCAGCAGGCGCUCAUCCUCAUCGAGUACGAGAUCAUCGCCCAGGCCCUCUUCUCCACCCGCGGCGGCCGCUGGCCGCGCUGGCUGCACAUCUGCAUGCCGCCGGCCGAGCCGCCCGAGCGGGACCGGAUCACCGACCUGCACGAGGAGCUGCAGACGGUGCGCGAGGCGAACGCGCGCCUCGAGGCGGCGCUCGAGGCGAUCGCGGCGGGGCAGGCGACGCAGGAGGCGUCGAUGCGGCGGCUCGAGGCGCUCGUCCGGGCGGCGGCGGAAAGCUAG